AUGACAGGCUUCGGGACAACUUCUUAUGGAAAGACUUCAGAUCUUGACUUUGAACCGCGGCCAGUACUCCUCGACUCGGGCACAGUGCAGAGUAGAUUGACCCUCAACAUGACCUUGCAUCUGAUCAGGACCAUGAAGAUCUCCAUCGAUGAGAAGUUGGAUGCUGUAGCGCCUUGCGAAACAAGCUCCAAGGAAACCAUAGAUUUCACGUUUGGCGACUUGACUAUCAAAAUGCCAUUCGCAAACUUUCUCGGUUCCACCAACGUAAAAGCCGGUGUUGACGGUGUUGCAUAUUGUCAAGUCGUCUAUUAUGACGACACCACCAACAUUAUGCUUGGUGACGAUUUCCUCCGAGGUGCCUAUGUUGUUUAUGGCUGGGCGAAUAUCGAAACUUCCCUCGCUCAGUAUAAUUCUGAAGAGGCCGAAGACGACAUAAUUGAGAUUAUACGAGAUGUGCCUGGUGCUUCUGCCGCCACUGGCGUCCCUAGAAGGUAUCUGAAGUACGAUCAGCCUGCAGAGUCUGCGGGUACUGCAAUCCCGACAGAGCUACCGACAGUUACUGUAACCACUCUUAGCACAGCGACUGGGUCGGUUACAAGUUCGGCGGCACCUUCAUCUACUGCGGCAGAGACUGGAGAUGUUGAAGACAGUAGAGCGGCGGGUAGCCUGCCGGCAAACUUGAUGUACAUGAUGCUGAUUGCAUUUGUCUUCAACGUUGUAAUCCACGCAUAG